CCAGAACCUCCACACAUCAAAGAAGAAGAACCAGAACCUCCACACAUCAAAGAAGAAGAGGAAGAACCAGAACUUCAUCAGUUUGAGGAGAAACAGGAGGAACCAAAAUCCUCACAGAUUGAGGAACACGAGGAACUCAGCAGCAGCCAGAAGGGAGAACAAUUCAUUGUGAAGUUUGAAAAUGAAACCUUGAAGGUCCUUGCUGAGGAGAUCCUUUAUGAAACAUGUCGCCCAAGUUUCAGAAAACCGGGCCACAAGAAAACUCACACAGGUGAGAAGCCUCAUUCUUGUGAAACAUGUGGCAAAAGUUUCAGGUAUCGGAGUCAUUUGUUGAUCCAUAAGAGAACUCACACAGGUGAGAAGCCAUAUUCUUGUGAAACAUGUGGCAAAAGGUUCCGUCGACAGGUUGAUUUGUCACGCCACCUGAGAACUCACACAGGUGAGAAGCCGUAUUCUUGUGAAACAUGUGGGAAAACGUUCAGACAACACAGUCAUUUGAGUGACCACAUGAGAACUCACACAGGUGAGAAGCCGUAUUCUUGUGAAACAUGUGGCAAAAGUUUCAGUCAACGGAGUCGUUUGUUGGUCCACAAGAGAACUCACACAGGUGAGAAGCCGUAUUCUUGUGAAACAUGUGGCAAAAGUUUCAGCCUACGGAGUCGUUUGUUGGUCCACAAGAGAACUCACACAGGUGAGAAGCCGUAUUCUUGUGAAACAUGUCGCAAAAGUUUUGGUCACCGUUGUAGUUUCAAUGAGCACAUGAGAACUCACACAGGUCAGAAGACAUAUUCUUGUGAAACAUGUAGGAAAAGUUUCAGUGAACGGCGUUAUUUGUUGUGCCACAUGAGAACUCACACAGGUGAGAAACCAUAUUCUUGUGAAACAUGUGGCGAAAGGUUCAGGCAACGGUGUGUUUUGUUGGUCCACAUGAGAACUCACACAGGUGAGAAGCCGUAUUCUUGUGAAACAUGUGGCAAAAGUUUCAGUCAACGCUCUAUUUUGAAAGUCCACCUGAGAACUCACACAGGUGAGAAGCCAUAUUCUUGUGAAACAUGUAAGAAAAGGUUCAGGCAACGGCGUGAUUUGAAGGACCACUUGAGAACUCACACAGGUAAGAAGCCUCAUUCUUGUGAAACAUGUGGCAAAAGGUUCAGUCAACAGAGUCAUUUGUUGAACCACUUGAGAACUCACAAAGGUGAGAAGCCGUAUCCUUGUGAAACGUGGGGAAAGAUGCCUUUAUUGUCCUUCAUUGCUGCACCAGCGGAAUACUCAAAUGGAUGAAAUCAUGAAAGACAGAGUUUAUUCAGGAAGUCCAGCUUGAAGCCACAAUCAACAGAAAUCAUCCAGUUUGAAGGAAACUUUCCUGAUUCUGACACUGUUGAGACUGAGCUUCAGGAACAGUUCAGUGUGUGGUCUGUCACAAUCCAAGUCAACUUCUGGCAACCCGGGGGCACAGGCUGCUGCUGCGACCCUGCCUUUCACCGUGUUGUCCCGCUGUUUUUGUGCUGUCUGUGGAUUGGAAUGAUUGAACUGGCACUCCUUUUCAUGCAAAAUGAAGAUAAGCGUUGGAUUAUUGCUGUGUGCCAUGAACUUUUUAAUUAUUGAAGGAUUUCACGCGGGGAGAGGUAGCUUCCUCACCUACACUCAUGAGCACCUGCUGGCGCUGAAACCCUACGCCGCAGUUCAGGAUCUCUCCGUGGGCCUGCUGGACGAGCACCCCGAACUGAAACGGACUAAACGGAAAGCUAAAUCUAAAGCUAAGAAACGGGGGUCGCAUGGAGGAGUACGAGAGAGGGCGCGGAGACAGGGUUGUCACCCCCCACUGCCCACUCUCUAAUCUUCGCUCUAUAAACGGGAAAUGUGACGAGUUUUCAGCGACAGUCAAAUAUGACCGAGACUUUAGAUGCAGUGACCUGAUUUGCUUCACUGAGAGCUGGCUUAGGCAGGAUGCUCCUGUUUUGCUUGGUUACCUGCUAGUACGAGCUGAUCAAGAUGCUGUCAGAACCAAGAAAUCUGUAGGCGGCGGCCUGUUAAUGUUUGUUGACAGACGCUGGGCCACGCAGUACACAGUGCGGGAGAAAGUGUGCACCCAGGACUAUGAAAUCUUGGUGGUGUCUUUUCGCCCGUUCUAUCUGCCUAGAGAAUUUGGACAAAUCACAAUCAUCCUUGCUUACAUACCAGGACCUGACUUGGAGGGAGCAGCGGCUCGUGUGGUGGAGAGUUAUAAUGAUGCGCUCGCCCGGUCAGCGGAUCAGCCGGUCUUUGUGCUCGGCGACUUUAACUCUUGUGAACUUUCCAGCCAUCUGCCUACGCUACAUCAAUACGUGGACUGUCCCACGCGCCUAAUGCACAUCCUGGAUAAGUGCUAUGGGAACAUACAGGAUGUGUAUAAGUGGCCCCAUGUGGGAAAGUCCGACCAUCUUGCAGUACACCUGUUCGCGCAGUACAGAUCAAAACUUAAACGGGAAAAUCCAGUCACUAAGGUCGUGCGUGUGUGCACAGAGGACAGCACGGAGGCAUUAAGAGACUGCUUGGAAGAUACUAACUGGGAGAUUUUCUUCUCACAGAGACCAUUGCUGCUUAUUUGAGCUUUUGCGAAAGUAAUGUAGCUCACUCAAAAACGGUGAAGCUUUAUCCAAAUAACAAGCAGUGGAUAACCAGCGAGUUAAAGGCCUGCAUAAAUGAAAAGAAAGCAGCGUUCUCUGAGGGGAACUUGGAUCUUGUCAGAGAAAAGAGAGCUGAGUUGAGAUGCAAACUGUACAGGGCAAAGAUGGAAUAUAAGGAAAAAGUCGAGAGACAGUUCUGCUCUGGAAACGUAAAAAGGGCAAGGGAGGGAUUACAUCAGAUGAUGGACAGGGAGACAAACAAACAUGCUCCACUGCCUCAUACAUCUCCUACCAUGGCCAACGAUCUGAACGUGUUUUGUAGCAGGUUUGAUAAGUCAGACUUCAGUGCAGAGCAGGAUGAGGCCUGCAGUCUGAUCACCGAAUACGAAACUGUUGUUCUUGCUGAGCAUGAGGUUGCUGCGAGUUUGGCCUGCAUUAAACCAGGUAAAUCCCCAGGACUGGAUGGGCUUAGUGGAAGACUACUGAAAAGCUGUGUGCACCAGUUAAAGGGUGUUUUUACUGUACUCUUUAACCUUCUCCUCCGCACACACAUGCCCCCAGUCCUGGAAACGUUCGAACAUAGUGCCUGUCCCUAACAAAUCUGGAGCAUCUGAACUGAAUGAUUUUCGCCCUAUAGCAUUAACUUCCAUCUUGUGUAAAACCAUGGAGAGGACCGUGAGCAAACACAUCAUGUCUGCUGCAGCUCGCUGUUUGGACAAGCUGCAGUUUGCAUACAGAUGUCGGAGAAGCACAGAGGACGCAGCCAUCACUCUGUUUAACACCGUAGCUCAACACCUUCAGGCCUCUGACCGUUAUGCAAGGGUCCUCUUUGUGGAUUUUACAUCUGCCUUCAAUUCUAUGCAGUUACAUAUCCUACUGCACAGACUGAUUUCCUUGGGGGUCAAUGGAGGCAGAAUUAAAUGAGUCAGGGAUUUUCUGACCAAUCGGCCUCAGAGAGGACUGUUUGGCUCCGAUGUCUCAGAGGAGACUGUGCUGAAUACAGGGGUGCCUCAAGGGACUAUUUUAUCUCCUUUGCUUUUUUUUCUAUUUAUAUGAAUGCUUUCCAAGUUUGUGAUGAAUUUUUUAAGCUUUUUAAAUAUGCUGAUGACAUGGCGCUGGUCGCCCUGUUACAGAAAGGGAACACUGUGACAGAUCGUCUGUAUUUUAACCAUGUGUCUUUAAUGCAACAGUGGUGCUUGGAUAGUUUUUUAGAAAUUAAUGUCUCAAAGACAAAGGAGCUCAUUGUGCAUAAUGACAAAGAGGUAUUAGCACCUGUUAAAAUUUUGGGUGAAACAGUUGAGACUGUUAGUGACUUUAAAUACCUCGGCACAUACAUUGACACGAAACUUGUUUUUCUUGAAAAUACUGACUUUGUUUUUAAGAAGUGUUCGCAGCGUCUGUACCUUCUUCGAAAGCUGAACAGUUUUGGGGUGAGUCAACCAAUCCUCGAAACUGAGUACAAAAGUCUCGUGGAGAGCCUUCUCACCUUCAACAUGCUGAUGUGGUACGGGAACCUCAGCGUGAAAAAUAAAAAUAAACUGCAGAGGAUUGUGAACUGGAGCUCAAAGAUCAUUGGACGGCCACAGACAGCUCUGAGCAGUCUGUACGAGGAGCGGUUGGGAAAUAAGGCGAUGAGCAUCAUAAAUGAUAUUUCCACCCCUUAAACUCUGAGUUUGAGGUAACUCCGUCGGGACGGAGGUACAGAUUGAAAAUGUCAAAGAGAAAUAUUUUCAAGAACUCUUUUGUGCCAAAUGCAAUCAAAGCGGUUAACGCUUUGCAUGGGUAAUAUUGUUUGAAAUGUUGCAUGGCAUGUAGUGUCUUGUCAUGUCAUGUGCCAAUGUGAAGUGUUUCUUCAUGUGGCUGCUGGAACCAAAGACAAAUUUCCACCUCGGUGGACAAUAAAGUAUUCACAUACGUAACUUUAAAGAAAUGGAAAUAAAAUGUUGAUGUGAAUCCAGUGGGUUUUAUUCUUUGCUGUUUCAUGACUGAGUCGGAAUUUCACGAUUCACUCCUUUAAACUAAAAUGACAACAGAAUGAAUGAAAGGCAGUGUUGGCCAAGCUACUUGGAAAGUGUGAGCUGAGCUACGAGUUCCUCUGACACUAACGGAGUGUUUCCACCUCCCCUACUCUACUCGACUGCAUCCCACUGUACUCGACUCGACUCGGUCUGGUUGUGUCUCCACCUUGUUUGUCUCCAUGGAUACCGUUCUCAGUGGGCGGGGA